AGUUACUAGCUUAGUGCCACACAAAAACAUAAACAAUAUAUAUACAUAGAUAGAUGGAUCGUGUAGCGAAAUUGGCUUCACAAAAAGCAGUGGUGAUCUUCAGCAAGAGUUCAUGCGGGAUAUGUCAUGCAGUUAAGCGACUUUUCUAUGAGCUUGGGGUAGGGCCUGCAAUAUAUGAAGUUGAUGAGGACUCCAGAGGAAAGGAAAUAGAAUGGUGUCUCAUGAGACUUGGUUGCAACCCUUCUGUGCCCGCAGUGUUUAUUGGUGGCAAGUUUGUGGGUUCAGCUAACACAGUGAUGACCCUUCAUCUCAAUGGCUCACUCAAGAAAAUGCUGAGAGAUGCUGGAGCACUCUGGCUUUAGAUCAAAAGUUAAGUCAUGUCAUGUGUACACCUCAUUCUGCCACGAGCAAUGCAAACAGCAACAGCCAAACGAAGCAUUAUCAGAACCUCAUUUAGUUGUAUUAUAAUAUCAUA